AUGGAGGCACAGCAGGCGCUGGUGGCCUCCAAGGACGGGGAUGUGGUCACCUUGGAGCGGCUGUUGGAGGCUGGCGCCCUGAGAGCAGACAUCACUGAUGAUUUGGGGGCUGGCCUGGUGCACCAUGCCACCCGGGCUGGUCACCUGGACUGUGUCAAGUUCCUGGUACAGAGAGCCAAGCUGCCGGGCAACCAGCAGGCACACAACGGGGCCACACCAGUGCACGAUGCAGCCGCCACGGGCAACCUGGCAGAGCUCUGCUGGCUGGUCCGUGACGGGGGCUGCGGGCUGCAGGACCAAGAUGCCUCAGGUGUCUCCCCGCUGCACCUGGCUGCCCGGUUUGGACACCCGGCCCUGGUGGAGUGGUUGCUACGGGAGGGCCACUCAGCCACACUGGAGACGCUGGAAGGCGCCUUGCCACUGCAUCACGCUGCUGUAAGUGGUGACCUGACCUGUCUGAAACUCCUGACGGCAGCCCACAGCAGUGGCGUGAACCAGCGGACAUGCAGUGGUGCCUCUCCUCUCUACCUGGCCUGCCAAGAGGGCCACCUGCAUCUGGCACAGUUCCUGGUGAAAGACUGCGGGGCCGACGUGCGCCUGCGAGCCCUGGACGGCAUGAGCUCCUUGCACGCGGCGGCUGCCCGGGGCCACUACUCUCUAGUUGUCUGGCUGGUCACGUUCACAGACAUCGGCCUGACAGCACGGGAUAAUGAAGGAGCCACUGCCCUGCAUUUUGCAGCUCGGGGAGGCCACACACCUAUUCUUGACCGGCUCCUGCUCAUGGGCGCCCCCAUCAUGAGAGACUCCUGGGGAGGGACCCCCCUGCAUGAUGCAGCCGAGAAUGGACACAUGGAGUGCUGCCAGACCCUGCUCUCCCACCACGUAGACCCCUUCCUGCGGGAUGAAGAUGGGUAUACAGCGAUAGACCUGGCAGAAUAUCACGGACACCAGGAUUGUGCCCAGUUCCUUCGGGAAAUGUCUCGGCCGGUGCCAGUCCUGAUGACACCCCCACCCCCACCGUUUCCACCUCCUCCACUGCUGGCUGCAAAACUCUCCCUGGAAGACGAAAGAAGAGGGGACUCAGGACCCAGGAGCCCCUCGUCUGUGACUCUCAGCCCAGUGUGGCCUGCUCAGCCUGUCCCCAGGGAAUCGAUGGCCUGCACAGCCCCUCUGGGAGUCACCACCCCAGCUGCCCUUCAGGGCCCUGAGGUGCAAGCCCGGGACUCCCAUGACGGCCUGGCCGCCCUGCAGCUGGAUGGGUUGCCUUCGGGAGACCUUGACAUGCUGGUACCCACACAGGAUGAGCGGGGCCGGCCCAUCCCUGAGUGGAAGCGGCAGGUGAUGGUGCGGAAGCUGCAGGCUCGCCUGGGUGCGGACGAGCCUCCGGAAGAUCAGGACCAGAGUCAGAGGCAGGACUCAGGCCCCACCCCUACAGAACAGGCAACUUGGAGGUAUUCGCAGACGCACCAGGCCAUCCUGGGCCCCUUCGGGGAGCUGCUGACAGAAGAUGACCUUGUCUACCUGGAGAAGCAGAUCAACGACCUGCAGCUCCGGCGCCGAUGUCAGGAGUACGAGAGCGAGCUGGGCCGCCUGGCAGCUCAGCUGCAGGCCCUCCUGCCCGAGCCCCUGGUCAGCAUCACCGUCAACAGCCACUUUCUGCCCCGGGCUCCCGGCCUGGAAGACGAGGAAGCUCCAGUCCUGGCGCCUGAACUCGAAGCCUCUGAGGAGCCCGGGAAGGCAGAGCCCAGAGGACAGCCACUGCCCUUCUGGUGCGGCCACAUCGGUCGCCUGGUGCGCAGCAUGUCCCUGCUGCUGAAAGGCAUGAACGGGCUGGCACAGGGCGAGGAGAAGCCACCCGACCCGGUCCCGCAGGACCCAGGCAAGGAGACCCUUGCGGGUCCCUCUCGGAGCGAGGCCCAGCGCGAGAUCCAGGAGUGCGGAGUGUCAGUUCGGACGUUGCGGGGAAACUUCGAGUUCCCUCCGGAUCUGCCCUGCGCCUCGAACUCGGGUCCCUGUGAGCUGGGGGCGCGGCCCGGACAGUGUCUGAGAGGCUGCUGGUCGGCGCCGCCACAACCCCGAGGAGACCCGAUGGGUGGGGAGCCCCGGCCAGGCGACACGGAGGAGGCCAGCGACUCGGGCAUCAGUUGUGAGGAGGCCCCGUCAGAGGCUGGCGCGGGUCCGGGGCUGGACCUGGCCAGCCUGCGCAAAGAGCGCAUCGUCAUGCUCUUCCUGGGCCAUUGGAAGAAGUCCGCCUACACGCCCGCGCUCAGGACGGCGGCCUGCAGGACCCUGGAGGCUCAACGUGCACGAUCCAGGGCCCCCGAGGCCGCGGGUAGCCCCCGGUCGCCCUCCCCGCAGCCCAGCGACGGUCCCCGGCUCGGCCACCUGUGGCAGCAGCGUGGCAUCAUCACCCACCUGCUGGGCACCUGGAAAGCCAUCAUGGCGCACGUGCCGGCCCGGCAGCUGCGGAGGCUGAGCCGCAGGGCGCGUGGUCCCCUGUCCCCCGAGCAGUUCUUGCCGCACGUGGACGGGGCCCCGGUGCCCUACAACAGCCUCUCGCUGGACCUCUUCAUGCUCGGCUACUUCCAGCUCCUGGAGUGCGACCUGCCGGCCGAGGAGCGCAAGAUGCGCCACCUGCUGUGCUUCGAGGUUUUCGAGCAUCUGGGCGCUCACGGCUGGGAGGCCGUGCGAGCCUUCCAUAAAGCAGUGACCGACGAGGUGGCCGCGGGCCGCCGUGCCUGGACCGACGGCUUCGAGGACAUCAAAGCCCGCUUCUUCGGUUCCAGCCAGGGUCCCCCCUGGGACGUGGAGCCGGGUCGCAAGCUGGGCCUGACACCACUCGGGUCCUUGCCCCAUGCUGCCCUUCCUGGCAGCGGCCCCGAACCUGUGGCGCCAAGGCUGGGGUCCGACUCCCAACGGAGCAGCUUCAACAGCGGAGACAUCUGUGGCUACAUCGAUCGCAGCUUCGCCUUCUGGAAGGAGAAAGAAGCUGAGAUGUUUAACUUUGGAGAAUGACUGUUCACCCGGGUGGGACAGGACCCUGGGGGAGGUUUGGGGUUCCGUUUUUCAUUCUUUGCGCUCCCCGGGGGUCAGGGGAAGUGGGCACGGUGAUAGUUGACUUCUGUCUUCAGAGAUCAGUGGUCUCUCAAGCCAUGGUGUCCAUCUUUUCUGAGCAGCGAUUGGGGUCAAAUUCUUCUCACUGUGAGCACAGUCCUCAGGCCCUCAGGUGGUCAUAUGGGUCUGGGGGUCCUGCAGUUAAGGAGCAGCUGGCCAUUCCAGCACUAGGGUCCCCUGGUCUUGUUUCCAGCCGUCACAUGGUGUCUCCAGCUUCAGUUUCAACGGCUCAGGUGGUCUCAGCCACACUGCCACCCUCUCUACACCUCCCCUUGGGCCUCAGCCCUGGGCCUGCCUCUGCUGUUUGUUGUUGUUUGCUUGUUUUCUGGUAACUUCCUAUCUCUGAAACCAGAGGGAGCUGUGUCUGGAGUGAACACUCUCCCUGACAGGAGCGCUUCUCUGGAGGAGACCCCAAAGCCCCAAGGCAGACAAGUGGAUCCGCCCAAUCCUCCUGCUGGUCAGUCAGAGCUGCUGUUGCAUGUAGGUUAGUUAGUAGCAUCUCUCUCCUCCGGCACUGCCUGGCCCUGAGGGAAGGCUCCCUGUCAGGCCUCUGUCCUCCAGCUGACUAACUCUUCCAAGACCCUCAGUGUGGCUGGGCCACAGGAGGUCCUGAAGAGCAAGGACCCAGGAAUAUCUGUCCACCAAGAGGAGAGGAAUCCUCCGUAUAGAAAGAGUGGUACCCCCUGAAAGGAAACUGGGCACAGCUUACAGCAAGGGGAGACCAUAGCAGGGGUGUUCAUGUGGACAUUUGGGUGUCACCUUCUCACUUAGGCACAGAGAAAGGAGCCAUACACCUUGGGGAUUCCAGGUGCCACAGAGAACCACAGGUGCUAGAGAGGGAGCCCUUCCUGCUCUCCCCCAGAGUGCUGACUCUAAGACAGGGUUUGCUUGAUUCCAGCUUCCGGUGACAGACAGAAGGAUGAGCCACCACCUACCUCAUGGGGCCCAGGAGAACUGGCCCAGAAUCCAUGGAGGACUUUGGGGUGGUGACUUUUUGAGGAAACUACAAUUGGCAUGGAACAGGGACCUGAAGUCAAGCCUCUUUGGAGGCAAAGUCCUGCACAAUGGAGACAGGCCAUCUUCAUGAGUCUCUUACAGUGUCCUCGCAUUACCACUAGGGGGCGCAGGGAGCCCUAGCCUCGGGCUCUGGGAUGCUACUCCUAGAAAGGCUGUAGAAAGGCUGCUUUGGCUGGAGCAGAGCCCCACAGACUCAAGACUAGGCUGGGGUCCCAAGGGUGGGGACUCCAGGGAGAUAAGGUUGGCACAGGAUGGGUUUUGGUGCUGGAAGAGCCACAGGGGCCAUGGCACAGGUCCUGGCUCCAAGUUGCCUCCAGCCUGGGGCCCACCCUGGGACCUGCUGUGAGGUGACAGGGUGAAUCCUCCUUCUCUGUGAAUCCUCCUUCUCUGCCCUUGACUUCCUCUGCUUUUAGAGUCUCAUCAGAAGCUGAAGCUGGAUGUAUGUUUGCUAGACAAAAUGGCCGUUCCUGGCUGGUGAGCACGUGUCACUCUACCUCCCGGGAAGGCUACCUGUGAGCGGACGCUCAGACCCCAGUGUCUGUGCAGCUGUAACAACUAGAUAACUAGAUUCCUCCCUACACCGUGGGAUCCGGGAUGUGGUGCUGAGGCUGGCUUGCCCGCUCCACAUCCUGGUAGAGUUCGCCAUUGGCUCAGAUGCUCACUAGCUUGUAGAACUUCCAUAAGUAGACAGUGGUAGGCAGGGCGCCCAGAGGGUAGUGACAGUCAUCCUUUUAGAGAGUAACAAAGAAGGAUGCUGCAUUGCAGUGGGAAGGGCAGCAGGCACAGAGCCCAGCCUUGAGUCUCCUAGACAAGAAGAGGGCAC